AUGGAUAUUUAUUAUAUUCUAAAUCACGAUAAUUCAGACAAUAAUAUUUUUGAUUUUGAAAAUAAUAGUGAUACUAUUGAUAUUGGUAAAAAUUAUAAAAAAUGCAAUGGCCAAGGUCAAAUGUUACCACCACCUACAUUAAUAACACCAUCCAAUCAAAAUGAUACAAUAACUUAUUAUACCGAUGGUCGUUCAAUCUCUGUUCCAAGAAAGAUGCUAAUUGAUCCAAAUACAAUUGUAGACUGUGGCACCAAUGGUAUCAUGUUUAUUGCUUUUAAUUUUGAAACUCAAAAAAGAGUAAUUUUAAAAAAACUAUCAAAAAGAAUGUUUGAUAAUGAAUUAAAUGGCCAUAGAAUUAUUAGAAAUUUAAUUUUUCAAAAUCUUUUCCAAGGUGGUAAACAUAUUUCAACCUAUCAAAGUAUUUUUAAAAGAAAAUGUUCAGAUUCAUAUCAACCUCCAUUGACAUCUAUUCUAAAUUCAAUUAUAAGUUCAAAUGAUAAUCCACAACAACAUUCAACAUUGAUUCAACAAAAAGAUGAUGAAGAUUUUUAUUUUGAAUCAAUUCAACCACAAUAUUCAUUAUUGAAUUUAAUAUCUAAUAACAUGCUUGAUCAAGAUGAUAUUUGCCAAUUGUUCUAUGAAAUUUUAAUGGGUUUAAAGUUUAUGCAUUCUGCCGGAGUUAUCCAUAGAGAUUUAGAUCCAGAAAACUCAAUUUUCGUUGAUGAAAAUUUUAAUAUUAAAUUCACAGAAUUUAAUAAUUGCUUUCUAUUAGAUACUGAUCCUACCUUUUUAUUCAAUAAGGAGUAUAUUACUAAUACUUACUCUUAUCGUGCUCCUGAAACAAUUUGGGGUGAUUCUUUAUAUACUGAAGCUACUGAUGUUUGGGGUGCUGGUGUUUUAUUUGCAGAACUAUUGUUAGGUAAAAGAUUAUUUAGAUCUUUCAACAGUAAAGAACAUUUGAAAUCAAUUUAUAAAUUAAUAGGUGCACCAAAAGCUUCAGAAGGAGCUUAUGUUGUAAAAGGAGAAUUAUUGUUUUUCCUAAUGGAAUAUAAUAGAAAAAAUAGUUUUCAACCAACAUUUAAUAAUACAUUUAUAGGCUGUAAUCAAAUUCAAAUUGACCUUUUAAAAAAUAUGCUAUGUUGGGAUCCAAGAGAUAGAUAUUCAGUCAAUGAAAUUUUGGAAAGUCCAUAUUUUGAAAAUAUUCACGAUAGAACAAAUUUCAUUCCAUGUGAUAAAAAUUUAAAUGUUAAUAUUCAUUUUGAUAUCUUAAAUUUGAAACCCAACCAAAUGACAAAUUUAAUUGAUCAAGAAUUUUUAAAUCCAAGUUAA